AAUAAACAACUCAACGUUUUAUGUGUACUUAUUUCAUUCAUUGAGUGAACGGUAAAGCUAAGUUGUCCUUAAACUCGCAAGAGCAAUCCUUGAUCUACUAACAAGAUGGGCAGGGAGGACAGAGAAACAUGGAAGAAAAAUUACUUCGUUAAAUUGGUGCAAUUGUUGGACGAGUAUCCAAAAUGCUUCAUUGUGGGAGUAGACAAUGUUGGUUCCAGGCAGAUGCAACAAAUUCGUUUGUCUCUUCGCAAGCAUGCAGUUCUAUUGAUGGGCAAGAAUACCAUGAUCAGGAAAGCCAUUCGUGGACAUAUAGAAAACAAUCCUGCUUUAGAAAAAAUUGUCCCCCAUAUUCGAGGAAAUGUAGGAUUUGUUUUCACCAAGGAAGACUUAGUUGAAGUAAGAGAUAAAAUCAUGGAUAACAAAGUAAAAGCUCCUGCCCGUGCUGGUGCUCUUGCUCCAUGUGAUGUGAUAUUGCAGCCUCAAAAUACAGGCCUUGGUCCUGAAAAGACUUCUUUCUUUCAAGCUUUGCAAAUUCCAACAAAAAUUUCCAAGGGCACAAUUGAAAUCUUGAAUGAAAUACAUUUAAUUAAAAAAGAAGAUAGAGUUGGUGCAUCUGAAGCAACCCUGCUAAACAUGUUAAAUGUUUCACCCUUUACAUAUGGGUUGAAGAUAAGGCAAGUGUAUGAUUCAGGAACUGUUUUCUCACCGGAGAUUUUGGAUAUAACUAGUGAAGACCUCAGAGCUAAGUUCAUGGAGGGUGUCAUGAACGUUGCAUCAGUGUCUUUGGAAAUUGGUUAUCCUACAACAGCAUCAGCCCCUCAUUCUAUUGUAAAUGGUUUGAAGAAUCUAAUAGCUAUCGCUAUUGAGACGGAUAUUACUUUCAAGGAAGCCGAAAUUAUCAAAAGCAUAUUAGUCUCUUAAUUGAAGCAACAGAAGAAAAUUUAAAAAGACUUUCUACUGAGAUACAAAUUCCAAAUUUUGUAUUCGGUUGAAGUUAAUAAAAGGUUUAAACUCA